AAACGUGUCACCUGAAAAUGGACUACAUCCUGCAAAUCUGCAAAUUUCCAUCCGUGCCGUCAGAUUCGCUACAAACGGUCAGAUCUUGUGUCCUAUUCCACCACCAUGCAGUUUGUAGAAACCCCCCUAGACAUCUAUCACAUGCCUAUUCUAUCCUUGUCCCCUUGUGCCUGGUACAGCAGCAGUACCACGAAAUCCCUUUCUUCUCCAUCUCUUUGCUCCCAUUCCCCAUCGGAGAUCGAGCAGGCUCCAUGGCUACGGCGCCCCGGCCAGCUUAGUCCAACACACCACCUCCCAGCUACAUCCUUGCUCGCACGCAGCUCGAAGCCUCGCUUCUCUGCCUCGCUUCUCUGCCUCGAUCUGUGCGCCGCCAGGUUCGAGCUCGACGCCGUUCAACGAUUCGUUCUUGUGCCGCCCGAGCGCACUUGGUCCACGACGCCGCCGCCUCCUGCCUAGAGGAAGCAGGGGUUCCAUUUGCAUCAAGCAGCAAGGCCCUCUCCGUUCAAGCUACAGGAUGUAUGCGUGGAACAUCUGCAUCUAGGGUUUCUUAUUUCAGUUCGUACUCGAGACUACGACGAGGUCGCAUGGAUCCUGUGGAGACUGAGAUGUCAUCAUGCCCUAUGGAAACGAAUGAGUGUGAUGAUGCCGAAUCCGUUGUUGUAGCGAGCUCUACGAUAUCAGAUGGCUUUAGUACACCAGCGAGCAGCAGGAGCAUCCCUUUUUGUGUGACCUCCUGGACCCCGGAAUGUGAAGAGGCAAAAAAGCCAGCCAUAGGCAUGCAAUUCAAAGAUUUGGCUGAAGCUGAGCACUUCUACAAGUCGUAUGCCCACAGUGUUGGUUUUUCUGUAAGGAAAGGGCAGAGUAGAACCGUGGGAAAUGAACAAGUGUGGAAGAGAUUCUAUUGCAAUAGGCGGGGAUGGCGAUCAGAGAAAGAGGAAAUCAAGAGUAAGCGCAAGACAAAAAUUACUAGGUGCGACUGUCAGGCAAUGAUAACUCUAAAAUGGAAAGACAAUAAGUACAUUGUGACAUCAUUUUUUGAGGAUCAUACACAUGAGUUGGCCUCACCUAGCAAACAACAAUUCCUGAGAUCCAAUAGAGAAGUUAGUGAAAGUGCAAAGAGUUCAUUGUUCACAUGCCACACAGCAAGCAUUGGCACAUCUGCGGCAUACCGUUUAUUUCGUGUCGGCGAGGGUGGUUUUGAGAAAGUUGGUUGUACAAAGAGGGAUUUUCAAAAUUAUCACCGUUACUUGAAAUGCGCCAUAAAUACCUCAGAUGCACAAAUGUUCAUUGACAAUCUAGCAAGGAGGAAGGAAGCCAACCCAGCAUUCUUCUUUGAUUACAUGCUGGAUGAGCAAGAGCCAUAUUUGAUGAAGAUGGACAAAAAUGUGCAAAAAAAAAGCCAUAUUUGAUGAAGAUGGCAACCUCUUGGAAGAGAAGAUCAAGAGCCCUCUGGAUUUAGAAAUGCAAAAGAAAACUUCUGGUGCACGCAAAGACUUCGAAGAAUCCAUUCGAUUGGCUGCGCACUCAGUUGAAACCAUGGACGUAGUUACAACUUGUCUUGCCAAUCUUGUGGAUACUGUAAGAUAAAUGGUUCCAGUGGACAAACAAACAAGGAAGGAUGAACUUGAGUCUUUCCUCGGCUGUAGCAUUCCCGCCCACAUUGAAAUACACCCACCAUCUGAUGUUCGCUCUCCUGGGAAAUGCAAUAGAAUUAAAGGACACUUGGACAAGGGUGGAAAAAAAAACAAGGUCGCUGGGAACAAGGAGAAGGGAAAGACAAUACGGAUGUGUUCUUUAUGCCACCAGUUGGGUACCCAUGAUAAGCACACUUGUCAUACAAAAUCUACAUUGUAGCAUGCUGAAAUUUGAAGCACGCAAAUGCACUCCGUAUUCAGAAGCAAAUGCCGCGACGGGAUAUCAGCUCUCUCGCAGUAUUUAAAAUAUGUAUAUACUAUCUAGAAUGUAUGUAUUAGUUAAUAUUUCUAGAAGACUGGAACUAAUCUGAAUGCAAGUAGAUGCUGCGACGGGAUAGCAGCUCUCUUGCAGUAUUCAAAAUAUGUAUAUACUAUCUAGAACGUAUGUAUGAGUUAAUAUUUCAAGAAGACUAGAACUAAUCCGAAUGCAAGCUUUGUACUGGCCA